AUCAAUUAUUUGGGAUGUGUAGUCAUCUUGCAUAACUUUCGCUGUGUAACUGGAGAUGACAGAAACUACACCUCCCAAAUAACAUUGCGAUUAAUUGCUUCUCUAGUUUCACGGAGUAUAGCUAGUUCACUACUUAAAAAUCCCGUUUCAUGAUUGACUUUAUUUAUAAACAAAUACUUAUCCGUUCUCAUGGCGGAAUCUGCAGCCUGUCCUGCAUUCCAGCUUGGAAAACCUCGAUAUGAUCAGAGUUCAUUUCUUGGCCGGCUGAAACACUUUGUAGAGAUCAUUGACCCCAGCACACUCUUUGUGUCUGAGAGACGAUUGACAGAAUGCAUUAAGCUCCUGGAUGAAUUUAAACACGGAAAACUACCACCUGGAGUUUCUGAUCUACAGCUAUGGGAAGCCCAAAAGGUCACGCAGGCCAUGAUUCAUCCUGACACAGGAGAGAAGAUUUUCAUGCCUUUUCGAAUGUCAGGUUAUGUCCCAUUUGGAACACCAAUUGUUGUGGGCCUUCUUCUUCCAAAUCAGACUGUGGUAUCCACCAUUUUCUGGCAGUGGCUUAACCAGAGUCACAAUGCCUGUGUCAACUACUCAAACCGCAAUGCUACUAAGCCUACACCGACAUCCACGUUUCUUCAAGGUUACUUCGGAGCUGUGACCAGUGCUGUCUCUCUUGCGGUAGGACUGAAUGUACUGAUUCAGAAAGCCAACAGGUUGAGUCCAGCAACCCGAAUGAUAAUACAGAGACUCAUCCCUUUCCCAGCUGUGGCCAGUGCCAACAUUUGCAACGUGGGCCUCAUGAGGCACAAUGAGCUGUCGGAGGGCGUCGACGUGCUGGACGAAAAUGGGAACAUAUUGGGCUCCUCAAAGAUUGCUGCCAAACAUGCAAUUAUGGAGACAGCCUUUACCAGAGUGGUCCUCCCGAUGCCAAUAUUUGUCCUUCCUCCCAUCAUUAUGUCCUACCUAGAAAAACUUCCAUUGCUGCAGAUGAAUCGGAGGCUGUUGCUGCCCAUCCACAGCCUGGUGUGUCUGGCUACCUUCAGCCUCUCCCUGCCCCUGGCCAUCAGCCUAUUCCCACAGAUGUCUCAGAUAGAGGUGUCUCAGCUUGAGCCGGAGAUCGCAAUGGCAACCGAUUGCAAGGUGGUGACCUACAACAAGGGACUGUGAUGACUGGCCCCCGAGGAGAGAGUAGAGGACAGGGCACUGAACAGCGGUGCAAAUUAGCCUCCUUUUUGACUGGCUGUAACGGACACUCCAGGUCUCUCUCUGGUGUAGGGUGAAGUUGCCCCUAGAUGCUGAUCUUGGCUCAGUUUUGUAUUUUCCCAUUAAUGGAUUGGGGAGGAGAAGCUUAUCCCAGAUCUGAACCUAGGGUAAACUUCACCCUGGAUCUCUGUCUCCCAUAGCAUGGUAACAGCUCCAGGCACUUUUUGCUGCAUUAAAAUAGUGUAGCAUAGAUAAUGUACUGUCUUAAUCAAUGGUUUUAAUGCAACACAUUCCAUGGAAUGUGAAAAUUAUGCAAAUCAGUAAGGAUGGAGGGAGGUUAACGGAACAAUAUUGUUGUCAUAUGUAAUAUGUUGUAAUAUGUUAUGAUGGAACUUUAUAAUGUAAUGCCCAUACCAUACCAGCUACUUCGCACUUGGUCAUGCUGAUCAACCCAAUUGUUAACAUUUUAAUGAGAUGUUUUUAUUGUUGACCCGAAGUUUAAAAAAAAAAUGUUUAAGUAAAAGAUACAAUCAAAAAUAGUUUUACAAUCACAUGAAUCAGUGUUGAGUGAUAGAUCCUGACAGACUGUUACAUACCCCUUGACUUAUUCCACAUUGUUUUGUUACAGCCUGAAUUCAAAAUGGAUUAGAUAGAUUUGUUUUCUCUCACCCAUCUACACACAAUACAUAAAUAUCUAAUUUACAUAAGUAUUUACACCCCUGAGUCAAUCACAUGUUAGAAUCACCUAUGGCAGUGAUUCCAGCUGUAAGUCUCUACAAGCUUUGCACACCUGGAUUGUACAAUAUUUAUACAUUCUUUUUAGAAUUCUUCAAGCUCUGUCAAGUUGGUUGUUGAUCAUUGCUAAACAUCCAUUUAAGUCUAGCCAUAGAUUUUCAAGCCUAAUUAAGUCAAAACUGGAAGUAGGUCACUCAGGAACAUUCAAUGUUGUCUUGGUAAGCAACUCCAGUGUAUAUUUGGCCAUGUGUUUUAGGUUAUUGUCCUGCUAAAAGGUUGUUGAUCCAUCCUCCAUUUCUCCUAUCACAGCCAUUAAACUCUGUAACUGUUUUCAAGUCACCAUUGGCUGGCCUCAUGGUGUAAUACCUGAGCGAUUUCCUUCCUCUCCGGCAACUUAGUUAGGAAGGACGCCUGUAUCAUUGUAGUAACUGGGUGUAUUGAUACACCAUCCAAAGUGUAAUUAUUAAGUUCACCAUGCUCAAAGGGAUAUUCAAUGUUUGCUUUUUUUUUACCCAUCUACCAAUAGGUGCCCUUAUUUUGAGGCAUUGGAAAACCUCCCUUGUGUUUGAAUCUGUAUUUGAAAUUCACUGCUCGGCUGAGGGACCUUACAAUUAUCUGUAUGUGUGGGGUACAGAGAGGAGGUGGUCACUCAAAAAUCAUGUUAAACACUAUUCUUGCACACAGAGUGAGCCAAUGCAACUUUAUUAUGUUACUUGUUUAGCAAAUAUUUUCUCCUAAACCUAUUUAGGCUUGCCAUAACAAAGGGGUUGAAUACUUAUUGACUCAAGACAUUUCAGAUUUUCAUUUAUAAUGAAUUUGUAAAAAACUCUAAAAACAUUCCACAUUGACGUAAUGGGGUAUUGUGUGUAGGCCAGUGACACAACAUGUGGAAAAAGUCAAGGGGUGUGAAUACUUUCUGAAGUCUCUGUAUAUCAAAAGAUGGCCAUCCUGUAAUCAUCUCCAUUCUACUGUUCUAUUUAAUUCUGUGUUCAUGGCUAAAAAUAUAUUGUCCGUAAACAUAAUAUCAAUUGAAUCCAUUUUAAAUUCAGGCUUUACCAUAACAACAUGUGGAAAUAGUCUAGGGGUGAAAUACAGGCUAUUGUUGAAUCCCAGUUCUCUACCCUCCUCCCUAGGUGUGCACCAUCAUGGAUUUAAAAGCACUGGAUUGGUGUAAGAUUCCACCACUAUUAUUGGGAGUGCACACUUGGGGAGAAGGGUGGAGAAUCGGGAUGCAGCCGAGGUCUGUUUCUUGACUAGGGCCAUUCUAGGACAUUCUAGAGGAAGUCGGUUUGUGGACCACGGUUGCUAAAAAUAAAGUUGUCUAUUCUACGUUUUA